CCGGACCUCGACCACAGGCCGCUCCGCGGGCGCCUCGGAUCCCCGCGGGACCCCUGUCCAGCCCGCCGCCCGUGCAGCCGCCUGCGCGCCCCAUCGGCAGCUCUCCCCUGCCCCUCUCCCUCGGCGAGACCAGCGGCAGCGUGCAGCCACCAUGUUCAGCUGGCUGAAGCGGGGCGGCGCGCGGGGCCAGCAGCCUGAGGCCAUCCGCACUGUGACCUCGUCCCUCAAGGAGCUCUACCGCACCAAGCUGCUGCCUCUCGAGGAGCACUAUCGAUUCGGCGCCUUCCACUCGCCGGCCCUGGAGGAUGCCGAUUUCGACGGCAAGCCCAUGGUCCUGGUGGCUGGCCAGUACAGCACGGGCAAGACCAGCUUCAUCCAGUACCUGCUGGAGCAGGAGGUGCCAGGCUCCCGCGUGGGGCCUGAGCCCACCACCGACUGCUUCGUGGCUGUCAUGCACGGGGACACCGAGGGCACUGUGCCGGGCAACGCCCUUGUGGUUGACCCUGACAAGCCCUUCCGCAAGCUCAACCCUUUCGGGAACACCUUCCUCAACAGGUUCAUGUGCGCCCAGCUCCCCAAUCAGGUCCUGGAGAGCAUCAGUAUCAUUGACACUCCGGGCAUCCUGUCAGGCGCCAAGCAGAGAGUGAGCCGGGGCUACGACUUCCCGGCCGUGCUGCGCUGGUUCGCGGAGCGCGUGGACCUCAUCAUCCUGCUCUUCGACGCGCACAAGCUGGAGAUCUCCGACGAGUUCUCCGAGGCCAUCGGCGCCCUGCGGGGCCAUGAGGACAAGAUCCGCGUGGUGCUCAACAAGGCGGACAUGGUUGAGACCCAGCAGCUGAUGCGCGUCUACGGGGCGCUCAUGUGGGCGCUGGGCAAGGUGGUGGGCACGCCCGAGGUGCUGCGCGUCUACAUCGGCUCCUUCUGGUCCCAGCCCCUCCUGGUGCCCGACAACCGGCGCCUCUUCGAGCUGGAGGAGCAGGACCUCUUCCGCGACAUCCAGGGCCUGCCCCGCCACGCCGCCCUGCGCAAGCUCAACGACCUAGUGAAGAGGGCCCGGCUGGUGCGGGUUCACGCGUACAUCAUCAGCUACCUGAAGAAGGAGAUGCCCUCCGUAUUUGGGAAGGAGAACAAGAAGAAGCAGCUGAUCCUCAAGUUGCCCGUCAUCUUUGCCAAGAUCCAGCUAGAGCAUCACAUAUCUCCCGGUGACUUCCCGGACUGCCAGAAGAUGCAGGAGCUGCUGAUGGCUCACGACUUCACCAAAUUCCACUCGCUGAAGCCAAAGCUGCUGGAGGCCCUGGACGAGAUGCUGACCCACGACAUCGCCAAGCUCAUGCCCCUCCUGCGGCAGGAAGAGCUGGAGAGCACCGAGGUGGGCGUGCAGGGCGGCGCUUUCGAGGGCACCCACAUGGGCCCGUUCGUGGAGCGGGGGCCCGAUGAGGCCCUGGAGGACGGCGAGGAGGGCUCGGACGACGAGGCCGAGUGGGUGGUGACCAAGGACAAGUCCAAGUACGACGAGAUCUUCUACAACCUGGCGCCCGCCGAUGGCAAGCUGAGCGGCACCAAGGCCAAGACCUGGAUGGUGGGCACCAAGCUCCCCAACUCGGUGCUGGGGCGCAUCUGGAAGCUGAGUGACGUCGACCGGGACGGCAUGCUGGAUGACGAGGAGUUCGCCCUGGCCAGCCACCUCAUCGAGGCCAAGCUCGAGGGCCACGGGCUGCCCACCAACCUGCCCCGCCGCCUGGUGCCGCCCUCCAAGCGGCGCCACAAGGGCUCUGCAGAGUGAGCCAGCCACUGCCUGCCGGCCCUCCCUCCCUCUUGCCCUGCUGUGGCUCCCCAGCACCAGCUGGCUGCACGCACACCCCCGCCCCAGCCUGCACGCACGCUGCCUGCCCACCUUCUCAGCUGUAAGGAUGGGGGUCUCUCUACUCCCCUCUGCCAGACAGUGGGGACCAGGGGAGGGGCAAGGCUUCUCUGCCUGGCCUUGCAUCUCUACCCUCACGUACACUUAGGCACAUCCCGUUGACAUUAACACACACACGCACAGAGCCAUUGAUUCAGUCAUCGUUCGUUCAAGUAUUUAUUGAGCACGUACUAUGUUUGGAUGUGCAGGGCUUGUUCUGGGCACUGGGGAGUACCCCAGAGAGCAAAACAGACACGUGUAUCUGCCCUCAAGGGGCUGAUACCCACGCAGUCACACAAACACACACAGACACAGGCCCUAACCAGCCCGAUCCCCAAUUCUGGGCAGGACCCCUUGCCUCUCCCCAUAGUCCAGUGGCCCCUUGUUUGAAAUAACAAACACAAAGGCCCCCUUCCCCACUUCUUGCCCAUCCGGGCAAGGACCGCCCCUCCCCCCAAACUCCAUCCUGUUCUCAGGCCUUGGGACCACUGGGGGCUCAGAGGGGAGACACAACCUCCUACUCCGUCGGAGGGACCCCUCUUCAGCCCCUCCGCCCAGUUCUGGUUACACCCCUUUCUGUACUAAGAAUUCUUAGCAGACAGAAAAGCCCCUUCGAUCCUUGCUUCGCCCAGACUCUGCCCACUUUGAGGUAUUUUUGGCCUCGGCCCACAGGGCCCUGGUUUGAAAACCCAGCCUGGCUGCCCCCGCCCCAGGCUCCCCACAGCUGGUGGCCUGAAUUGUAGACUGCGGGAGCACAGCCUUUCUGCCAUCAGCCCAUAUUUAAGUAGAGCCCCCACCAGAUAUAAAGGCGCCAGGGCUUUAUUUUAGUCCCCCUUUCAGGGAUGCGUGGCGGGGGGGGCUCUUGGUGCUACAGCUCUCCCUUCUCCUCCCUAAAGGGACCCCUCACGUCCCGCCCUCCACCCAUCCGUACCUUCACCACUUAUUAGUGCUUGACCCUGGUGGGGAACCCCAUGGAAAAGAUGGGGAAGGGUGACAUAGGUGGGGACGACGCCCCCCCCCCACGAUGCUCGCGGGGAUUUCCACACCCACCAUCACCCCCCCCCACCGCCAUGCCGAGGAGGGGCCUGUGAACCGAACAGCGAACGUUCCCACAGAGCAAAUAAAGCCAAGGCUUCUAGCCA